AACCCGCCGCGCCAGCCUCGCCUAGGCUCUCCCGGUUCGCUCACAGGCCGCCUGGCGCUUGGCGAGCGCGCCUCCAGCCCCCGCGCCCGUGACCUCAGCCCGAGCCGAGCAGCCACAAAAAGCCCCGAGAGGGAGAGGCCGCCAAGAGAGAGAGAAAAAGAGAGAGCGGCGCAAGCAGCUCCGCUUGCAGGAGAAACAGGAACAAGCAGCAAGAAGCGCUCGACGCCGGAGCCCAGGGCGCACGCAACGCGCGGAGAGAGGCAGGAGCCGGGUCGUGCGCUCUUGCCGCCGAGCCACCACCAGGAGCCGCCGGAACCGAGCAGCAGCAACAGGAGGAGGAGCAGCGGCGGCAGCGGCUGGCCGGGCCACUAACUCUGCCUGCUCGCUCUUGUUGCUGCUUUUCUUCUGCAACCAGGAACGAAAGCGCACGACCCAGAGGAGUGGGGGGAAAGUGGCCCGUUUGGAGAGAUCGGAGGCGGAAUCCAACGCUUCACGGCUGCUGAUGCCAAGGGCAUUUUCUUAAGGAGAAGGGAGCUGCUUUCUAUUGACAUCCGAGCAGGAGCGCCGAGGGGGCGCGCAUUGCCGGCUCUCGGCCCGGGAAAGGGACGUUUCUUCGCCCCCGACCCUCCUUUCCCCGGCAGUUUCGGAUCCUGAGCAUGUUUCCCCGGCGGGCCGGGCCCUGGAGAAGGACGCCGGCGGUGCGUGCUCUUCCCCCGAGCUUGGCUCUGGGGCAGCGCCCUUGCAGCCGGGAGUGAUGCGGCGCCCGGGAGAGGCCAGCGGGCCAGAGAGCAGCUGCAAAUCCGCGACCGCCGCGUCGACGUCUUCUUCUUCCUCGUCUUCCUCCUCGCUUCGUCCAGGUUAGACCAGGAGCGAGACCAUGCCCGGGAUGUUUCUUCCUCUGCGCCGAGAAGCGAGCUCGGGCUGCAGCGCUGGAGAGGAGCUCGACUAGAGAGCGAGGCUUCGGAGGCGCUUGGAACGUUUGGUUCCCCUUUUGCCUCGGCUGCGCUCGCCGCAAACUUCCCAGGGAGGGAGGCAAAUUGAGCACAGCUCCUCGCCGCUCGUGGACAGCUCUCCUCCCCGACCCCGGAGUAAGGAGGUGGGGGGGAAGACCACCACCACCCAAAAAAAGAAAAAGAAAGGACGGAUCGCACAUCCUCCCCGCUUGAUCGGCCACGCUACUUCCAUGUGGAGGGUGGCUCCAUGGACGUGCCCGAGUGUGCUGCUGUUGCUUCUUAGGCGAUCGGCGGGAUCCUAAAAGGUUGAUGACCAUGGUUGCCAGGACCUGCUCUCUACUAGCACUGCUGCUUUAUCACAUACUGCUGGGUGGUUCGGCCAGCCUCAUCCCGGAGGUGGCCGACAGGAGAAGGUUCAGCGGAGACUUGGGCCGCGUCACUCCCCUGCAACUCUCUGAAGGGAUCCUGCGCGAGUUUGAACUGCGCCUGCUCAAUAUGUUUGGGCUCACGCGGCGGCCCACCCCAAGCAAGGACAUCAUCAUCCCUCCCUAUAUGUUGGAGCUCUACCAUCUGCACACCAGCCAGAAGCCAACAACCAUGGACUAUAACCUGGAGAGAGCUGCCAGCAGAGCCAAUACUGUCAGGAGCUUUCACCAUGAAGAAACACUAGAAGAACUUCCAGAAAGAAGUGGGAAAACAUCUCGUCGCUUCUUCUUCAACUUAACUUCCAUCCCUGAGGGGGAGUUCAUCACUUCAGCUGAGCUUCACGUUUUUCGGGAGCACAUUCAAGACGCUUUUGAGAGCAAUGGCAGCUCUUACCACCGUAUUAAUAUUUAUGAAAUCGUCAAGCCCGAGAGAGAGGCCUCCCAGGACCCCAUCACGAGACUUUUGGACACACGCUUGGUGCAUCGUAACGCCAGCAAGUGGGAAACAUUUGAUGUGACGCCGGCUAUCAUGCGGUGGAUUGCACAUGGACAACCCAACCAUGGUUUUGUGGUAGAAGUGGCUCACUUGGACCCCAGGGAGAGCACUGCCUCCAAGAGGCACGUCCGGAUCAGCAGGUCUUUGCAUCAGGACGAUGCCAGCUGGUCUCGGAUCAGGCCGUUGCUAGUGACCUUUGGGCACGACGGAAAGGGACACCCUCUCCACAAGAGAGAGAAGCGCCAGGCCAAGCGCAAGCACAACAAGCGCAAGUCCAAUUGCAAACGGCACGAUUUGUAUGUGGACUUCAACGACGUGGGGUGGAAUGACUGGAUAGUGGCCCCGCCGGGCUAUAGUGCCUUCUACUGCCACGGAGACUGCCCCUUCCCCUUGGCAGACCACCUGAACUCCACCAACCAUGCCAUUGUUCAGACUCUUGUCAAUUCCGUCAACCCCAAAAUCCCCAAAGCUUGCUGCGUGCCGACAGAACUGAGUCCCAUCUCCAUGCUCUACCUGGAUGAGAACGAGAAGGUGGUACUAAAGAAUUAUCAAGACAUGGUUGUGGAGGGCUGUGGCUGCCGCUGACGUGGCAGCAGGAUGGAAAAUGGACCAAUGAAACAAAACAAAACUUGACACUUUAAUAUUUCCCAAUGAAGACCUUAUUUAUGUUAUGAAAUGGAGAAUUAAACGCAUCUAUUUUGAAAAAAAAAUCUAUUUAUGUCUACAGAAAAAAGUGAGGAAAAAAAUAUUUUAAUCAGAGAAUUAUUCCUUUUAAAGAUUUUUAAACGUAUUAGUUGUACAUUUUAUAUGGGUUUAAGCGCGCCCCCCUUUCCCCCCUCAGCACAUGAAGUAUAAAGGUCAGAUUGUUAUUUUGUAUUUAUUUACUAUUAUAACCACUUUAGAAGAAUAGCUAAUUUGUAUUUAUAUGUAUAAUCAAAAAAAGCAGAAGAAAAAAAAUAUAGGGUUUGUACAUAAUUUAAAACAAAUGGUAGCUUUUUUUUGUUUCUCUUCCUUUCCCAGUGUGUAUUUAAGUAAGUUGCGAUGUGUACAUGGAAGGGUUACUAUGGCAAAGGUGCGUAAUGCAUUUUGCUUUCUGCAGUUCUACUGUUAAGGUCACGAGUGCAAGCCCAAUGAAAAGUGGCUAAUCCGCCCUGCUGACUCAAGAUUAUAUUGUACAAUUCUCAGGAAUGCUGCAGGGGUGGGCUGCCUAGUCCAUGAGAAACUGGCAUCCUCCCGGUGGGGAGCAUUUGGAUAAGAACCAGACGGUUGCCGAGCAAGUAGAAAUAGAACUGAUGUUCCUCAUGAAGGUGUGACACGACCCCCAACUGGGCUUCUCUAGAAAACUCUCGUUCCCUACUUUGAUUUUCGUUUUUUGGUCCUUGCACCGACAGAAAAGCAAAAUGUUUAUGCUGUUCCUCCCCUUUUAAGUAGUUCACCCAUUGGAAUCCUUGUCCUGGCCAAAUAUUAAAUAAUAAAAUACCAGAUUUCUUCAGUU